AUGCCUGAUGAUACCCAGCCUGACGAUGGCCAGGACAGGCCUGAAGGAUUCCUACACCAUGGACUGAUCCUUCAGAGUACUCAGAGCGACCCAGACCACAAUACCACGGAUGCAUCUGAAGCCCCAAGUUGCCGAUUUCCUCUCGAUGAUGACAGUUCAGAUGCGUUAACCCUGCCGGAUGGUCGGAAACUUGGUUAUGCGCAGUAUGGAUUGUUGACGGGGAAGCCUAUCUUUUAUCUACAUGGCCUGCCGGGAGCUCGCACUGAAGCUGCAUGCUUUGAAGAUCUUGCCCGGGAGCUGGGAGCCCGUAUAAUUGCUACUGAUCGGCCUGGGAUUGGCUGGAGCUCACCUCAUGCAGGUCGGUCGCUUCUCGACCACCCAAAGGACCUGGAAGAGCUUGCAAACCAUCUCAAGCUAGAUAAAUAUGGAGUACUAGGAAUUUCUGGAGGCGGGCCAUAUGCACUCGCUUGUGCUGCAUCGCUACCGCCAGAAAAACUUAAAGCAGUCUCUAUCAUCUGUGGCCUUGGCCCUCCAGACAUCGGUAUGAAGGGCGCAUGCUGGGCUAACUGGCUAGGAUUCACUCUCGGAUACCGCUACUUUCCCAUGGCUACUGGAUGGUAUCUCAAACGCCAGCUGGCAGCAAACCUAGACCUAAGUGAUGAGAAACGAUACCAGAAACUACGAAAGGAGGUGUUGAAGUCCAAGUCCAUGCCUGAAAAGGACCGUGAGAUCAUGAAGGACGAAAGUACUCUGAGGUUAUUCCUACGGACAAGUCGGCAAAGCUUUUCCCAAGGCAGUGACGCAGCAGUACAGGAUGGCAGGCUGAUGUGCAUGGACUUUGGCUUUCGAGUGGAAGAUAUACGUCCAGACUUGCCUGUGCAGCUUUGGUAUGGGAAACAGGACGUUGCUGUUCCACUUAACCAUGGGGUGCAGAUAGCUGCAAGGCUCGGCGGCCAAGCAGCUUUAAGGGUCGUGGAUGAGACGCAUUUGAGCAUAUGGGCGAAUUACGGUGAGGAGGCAUUGAGGGAGCUUGUGAGGAGUAUUUGA